AUGUCGUGGCUUUUUGGUGGAAGUAAAAAAAAUGAUUCCAACACUUCUGCUUCCGCCGAGCAUCAACAGAUUGUGCAGGAUGAGGGCAAAGCCCAACAUGCUCUAGGAUUCGAUCCUAGCCAAGUUACCAACGUGUCGAGCAUCAUAUCCACACCAGGCGCUUUGGACCCUUCAAGAUUACACCCACUGGCCGGCCUGGAGCGCGGUGUCGAAUAUCUGGAUCUAGAGGAGGAACAGCUAUCUACUAUGGAAGGCUCCAGAAGCUUGAUCCCUUCAAGAGGUUGGACUGACGAUUUGUGCUACGGAACAGGUGCCGUUUACUUGCUAGGUCUUGGUCUUGGGGGCUCAUACGGUUUUUUCGAGGGGUUGAAAAACAUCCCACCCAACAGCCCUGGAAAGCUGCAACUUAAUACCGUGCUGAAUCAUAUUACCAGGAGAGGUCCUUUUAUCGGCAACAAUGCUGGUGUGUUGACUCUCACUUACAAUUUAAUCAAUUCUUCGAUUGAUGCUCUGAGAGGAAAACAUGACGCUGCCAAUUCUGUUGUUGCAGGUGCCCUGACAGGCGCAAUCUUCAAAUCUUCCAAAGGUCUCAAGCCCAUGGCGUACGCCUCUGGUAUGGUCGCCGCUGCAGCCGCGACGUGGAGUGGCGCCAAAUCCUUUAUUUUGUGA